UUGAACUCAAAAAACAACCUUUUCCAGAUAACCUUUAAUGAUCUGUAAUUUUGAAAAUGUGUUUUUAACUAGCUUUAUCAAAUAAUCGAACUAUAUAUCUGUAUUGUUUAAAUUCGGCGACCGCAUCUUAGUUUUGUUUUAGUUAGGUAGCAUUUUAAUUUCAAAAUGUUUAAGUCUCCAGUUUUAGGAAAAGCAAUAGGUUUAAAAAUUUACAAAGGAUCUUUAACAUCACAAAAUUUAACAAAGGUUACUAUAUGUUGUUUUUCAACUAAAAGCCCCAACCGGAGAAAAAUAUUUUCUAUAGAUGAAGCAGUUAAAGAUAUAAAAAGUGGAUCAAAAUUAUUAGUUGGUGGUUUUGGACUUUGUGGUAUUCCUGAGAACCUUAUUUCUGCCUUACUAAAACAUGAAGCCAAAGAUUUUACAGUUGUGUCAAAUAAUGCUGGAGUGGAUAAAUUUGGAUUAGGACUCUUAUUAAAACAAAAAAAGAUCAAAAGAAUGAUAUCCUCAUAUGUGGGAGAAAAUGCUGAAUUUGAAAGACAGUUUUUAAGAGGUGAAUUGGAAGUAGAAUUGACUCCACAGGGAACUUUAGCAGAAAGGAUAAGGGCAGGGGGCGCAGGUAUUCCAGCAUUUUUUACCCCCACUGGAUAUGGAACUCUUGUACAUGAAGGUGGAGCCCCUAUUAAAUAUGGCAAAGAGGGCAAAAUUGAAAUAGCUAGCAAACCAAGAGAAUCUCAAACAUUUGAUGGCAGGUCUUACAUUCUGGAGGAAGCUAUCACUGGAGACUUUGCACUAAUUAAAGCAUGGAAGGCAGAUCCUGCUGGGAAUCUCUUAUUCAGGAAAACUGCUAGGAAUUUUAACCCUACAAUGGCAAAAGCAGCUAAAACGACAAUAGUAGAAGUUGAAGAAAUAGUUGAAUUAGGUGAAAUUAAACCUGACGAUGUCCAUCUACCUGGUAUAUUUGUCGAUAGAGUUAUUUUAGGAGAAAAAUACGAAAAAAGAAUAGAAAAAUAUACUGUGCGCAAAACGGAAAGCAGCACAGAUUCUGUCAUAAAGAAGAAUCCCGCCGCCAUCAAUAGGGAAAGAAUAGCCAGGAGGGCUGCUCUUGAAUUCAAAAAUGGAAUGUAUGUUAAUCUAGGAAUUGGUAUGCCAAUGUUGACCUCUAAUUACAUACCAGAAAACGUAGAAGUAUAUUUGCAAUCAGAAAAUGGAGUUCUAGGUCUCGGUUCUUUCCCAGAUUCAUGUGAUGUGGAUCCAGAUCUCAUAAAUGCUGGAAAAGAAACUAUUACCGUAAUACCUGGUGCUUCAUUCUUUAGCAGUGAUCUAAGCUUUACUAUGAUUAGAGGGGGUCAUAUUGACUUAACUAUUUUAGGUGCUAUGGAAGUUUCACAAUAUGGAGACUUAGCAAAUUGGAUGAUUCCUGGAAAAUUGGUGAAAGGUAUGGGCGGUGCAAUGGAUCUGGUCUCAGCGCCUGGAACGAAAGUCGUAGUAUGUAUGGAACAUUCAGCCAAAGAUGGCGGUCAUAAAAUAUUAGAAAAUUGUACUCUUCCCAUAACCGGCAAAAAUGUAGUGGAUAUGAUAAUCACAGAAAAAGCAGUAUUUACAAUAGAUCCGGAAGCUGGACUGAAACUUAUUGAAGUUGCUGAGGGUGUAGGUGUAGAGGAUAUUCUCGCCUCAACUGGUUGCACCUUUGAAGUAGCAGAAGAAUUAAAACCAAUGGGACAAGUGGCUGUUAACUAGUUUUAUUUAGGAUAAGAUUGUUUAAUACCGUUUAUUUUAUAAGUGUAACUAUUAUCUCUUUUAUUAUUAUCAUAUUUCAUAAUGUAAAUUAUCAAAUUUUCUUAAAUCGUUAAUGUCAUUUUAAAUAUAUACAACUUGUUUAAAGAA